AUGGCUGGCAAAUGCCCCAGAGACCUCGUGCCAAUACCUGGGCCGAAACGCGAUGUGUACAUGAUUAAUUAUGGUUCGUACAGGGAUGUCAUAGUUGUUAGUCGCAAAGUGGCUGAAGAGCUUUGUGAUGAAACUCGAUUCUGCAAAUUACCAGGAGGUGCAAUUGACAGGAUGAGGCGAGUGGUCGGACAUGGUCUCUUCACUGCGGAAACUGCAGAUCCCAGAUACCAAAAAGCGCACCGUGUCAUCGCGCCACUCUUUGGCGCCGCGAGGAUAAGAGCUAUGGCGGAUGAUAUGAGAGAUAUUUGUGAGCAGAUGUGUCUACGCUGGGCUCGUUUUGGACAGGACGUACCCAUCGAGAUCUGUGACGAGAUGACGAAGUUGACUUUGGACACGAUUGCCCUCUGCACUGUUGACUAUCGCUUCAAUAGCUUCUAUAGGCCUGCAGGAGUCGAGGAUCCUUUCGCAGAAGCCGUUGUAGACACCAUGACAGAAUCUCUGCUGCAAAGUAACCUACCUGACUGGAUCAACAACUGGGUCCGAUUCCGUUCUAUGAACAAAUUCAACCGCCAAGCAGACCAGUUACGCCACGACAUUGAGAAGCUCAUCGAGAUGAGGCUCAAAAAUCCAGUCGAUCGGAAUGAUCUUUUGAAUGCAAUGCUGAGCCACGAGGAUCCUAACACUGGCCAACGUCUGGACGAUGAAUCGGUUGUGGACAACCUGCUCACCUUCUUCAUCGCAGGUCACGAAACGACGUCUAGUCUACUAUCCUUUUGUUUCUAUUAUCUUCUUCAAUAUCCAGAAGUUCUCCAGAAAGCCAGAGACGAAGUGGAUGCCGUCAUUGGGAGCAGUACUGUGAUGCCUGAACACCUACAAAAACUACCGUAUCUUGAGAGUAUCUUACGCGAGACGCUUCGUCUACGAGACCCUGGCCCCGGGUUCUUUGUUAAGCCGCUUCAAGACGAAGUAAUAGCCGGAAAGUACCUAGUCCCAAAGGACCAGUCCAUCUUUAUUGUCUUUGACUCGGUACACCGCGAUCCCGAUGUGUAUGGCGAUGAUGCAGACGAAUUCCGGCCUGAGCGUAUGGAGCAAGACAAAUUUGACAAACUGCCUCCGUGCGCAUGGAAGCCGUUUGGAAACGGAAUGCGGGCGUGUAUUGGGAGACCGUUUGCGAUGCAGCAGGCAUUAAUAGCUGUUGCUAUGGUGCUCCAAAACUUCGAUUUAAUUAAAGAUGAGACCUACAAUCUUAAAAUACAGGUAACAAUGACGGUCCGUCCGGUCGGCCUUACAAUGAAGGUCCGCCCUCGAAAUGGCAUACGCCCCACUGAGAUGAGCCUGCGAAUGCACCAAGGUGCAGACACAGUCUCAUCUACUGAAUCUUUCAGACCAAUACCAAUUAAGCCUACUACAGGUCCGAGCGACAAUGAGGAAGUACAUUUAGCGAUUGUUCAUGCCUCCAACUCCGGAACAUCCGAGGCUUUAGCCAGUGUCCUUGCAAACGAUGCUACUAAACGAGGUUUAGGUAUAAAACUCAUUGAUACAGCGAAUAACGUUGUAGGAAAACUUCCUAAAGAUGUGGUUGUGGUUACCAUCACAGCGUCUUACAACGGCGAGCCUGCGAGAGAUGCUGUGAAUUUUGUAAACUGGCUCAAAGCCGCACAAGAAGAUGAGCUCGAAGGUGUGAGAUAUGCCGUUUUCGGAUGUGGACAUCGUGACUGGAAUAGCAGUUUCUUUGCCGUUCCAAAACUCGUCGAUUCUCUCUUGUCAGAGCGCGGAGCUGAGCGAGUUGCACCAAUGGGUACUUCUGACAUGGGUGCAUCUACCGACAUAUUCUCGGACUUUGAACAAUGGACAACGACCCAGCUUUUCCCCAAGUUGAGCGAUAACCGAAUGCUUCAUGAUGGUAAUGCAACCUGCGUGACUGACGCAAGGGAUGUCGAACUCCAGGUAUCACUGAUAAAGCCUCCACUUAUCGGCAUGCGUGAAGGGUUUGCUGCUGCUAUUGUAACCGACGCCCGCACACUAUCCAGUCCGGGCGUAGCGGAGAAACGCCAUCUCGAGAUCCGAUUACCUGUAGGGUUCAAAUACAAGUCUGGAGAUCAUGUGCAGAUUCUACCUCGCAACUCUGUCGAUGAUACGCGAAGCGCUCUUGGCCUUUUCGAUCUUGACACUGAAACCCUAGUUAAUAUUUGGAGCAUAAAGAGAAAUAUGGGUUUGGGUCUUCCACUUGAUACUCCAAUCAGAGCAUCGGAAUUGUUCAGUGCAUACGUCGACCUUGGUCGCACAGCCAGUCUUAGGAACAUACAGGUUCUUGCUACCCUGAUGACGACUGAUAAGCCUCAAGUAAAGGCUAAUCUGUUUGAACUCCUUGAGCCUGAAAAGUACAGAUCGGAAGUCUUGAACAAGAGAAUAUCAGUACUUGAUCUGCUUCACAUAUUCCCGGACGUCAAGAUAUCCCUCGCAAACUUCUUGUCACUGUUGACACCGAUUCGCCCGAGAGCCUAUUCCUUUUCUUCCAGUCCCGACUGGAAACCAGGGUUUGCAACCUUGACAUAUACUGUUGUCGGUUCAGCAAAAUCUCUGCCAACACUCCAACCUAUGGAGCCCAAUGAUCCCUUUCAAGAUCCGAACGGCGGUUUGACUGAAGAUUGCAUCCCUUUCAAACGCGGGGGGCUGGCAUCGACUUAUCUUUCAACACUCACGGCCAACAAUAGCCUUUAUAUUUCACUUCAUCCAGCAUCUCCCAAUUUCUCCCAAGACCAACCCGUCUCUCUUCCAGUCAUUAUGGUGGCAGCUGGAACAGGCAUAGCUCCUUUCCUAGCCUUCUUACAAGACCGCAAAAUUACUGCUUCCGCUGCUUCUAGGUCACUAGAACAAGCCGGAAAGCGUAAAAACUUCCCGAAAACAAUCUUGUUCUAUGGCUGUCGCGGCCCAGCGCUCGACUCCCUUUAUGCCAAGGAGAUUGCAGCAUUCGAGGCAGAUGGUCUCGUCGAGGUUCGCCGCGCAUUCAGCAGGGACCACGAAGCAGCAGCAGCUGAAGCAGCGGGUUGCAAAUAUAUCCAUGAGCGGCUAGCAGACUCGAAAAACGAUAUUGUAGAGAUAUGGAAGGCUGGUGGUCGUGUUCUUGUUUGUGGAGGUAAAAAUGUAGCCAACAGUGCCUAUGACGUCCUUGGGCCGCUACUCUGGGAGACUGAUAAACAGUAUCAAAAGAGUGAAGCGAAAAGUUUACAGGAGUGGCGUGAUGCUCUAGAGAAGGAUAGAUAUGUAGAGGAGUUUUUCCUGUGA